CGCACCGGAUCAAGACCGGACUGUAUAGUCACCCCUACGUGACAUCGUCACCAAAAAUAGAAGAUAUCAUCAUAGGAUGACGUGAAUAAUUAUUCGAAAAAAUAAAAGAAGAUAAACAUAAAUGAGAGUGCUAACAAAAUCACUAAGAAGAGCGUUGAUACAAUCCUGGAUAGGGGUGUCAGUCGGUCGGUUUCGGUUUAACCAAAAACUGAAUUCUCGGCUAUCGGUUAAACCGAGCCACCACCCUCUGCUGCCCACCACCGACCGUAAGAGGCAUUAUGGCUAGCCGACCACCGACCGGUCGGUUAUCUGUUUUGGCUCGGUUAGCCGCACACCCGAAAAAGCACUCCCUUCUCACAAAAAAAAUUCAUUAAAACUAUUAAAAAAAUACAAAAUCCCCCACCACUCAAACCUUAUCUCCUGCCUCCUUCUCUCUCCUUCCUUUCCCCAUUCAAACCCCACCACUCAAACCUUAUCUCCAUUCCUUCCUUCUCCCUCCUUCCUUCUGCCAUAGCCAAACCACACUCCUUCCUUCUCCCUCCUUCCUUCUGCCAUAGCCAAACCACACAAAACCCAAAAUCUGUCUAUCAUCUCCACACAAACUCCUAACCCAAUAUUCUUCCUACCCGAUUCAACCAGAGCUGGCGGACAAGGCAAUGGCGCUGCUGGAAGCCGUCGCGAUCUCGUCGGAGAGAGCAGUGGGUUAGGCCGCGGUAGGGAUACAGGUGCUGGUGGAGAUGGUGGAGGAAGGCAGCCCACAGGGGAAAGAACAUGUUGUUGGGGUUCUGGUCCUCAUAUGCCAGAGCUCGAGGGAGAAGUACAGAGGGUGAUUCUGAUGGAAGGCGCCAUGCCCGGUUUGCUGCAGCUGAGCGUCGAUGGGAGCUGGAGAGCGAGGGGUUUGGCUCAGGAGCUGCUGAUGAUGCUUCGAGGGAAUUGCGAUGGUGGGUCAAGAGGGAAGCAGUGUAAGCAGGAGAUGGUGGAGAGGGUGAUGCAGGAGAUCGAUGAUGCUUGAAGGGGGGAGAGUUUUGUUGAGAUCUAGGGUAUGAGGAGGAGAGUGGAGGUGGAGAUGAUAGGCAGAUUUUGGGGAAGGUUAAGUGGGUCUCGGUUGGGGUCGGUUUGUCGGAUAACCGCGGUUAAUCACCGUCGGUUACUCGGUCAACCAACCCAUUUCUUUUCCCAGCCGACCACCGACCGCCAAGGUAACUGGUCUGUUUUCGGUUAGCUUAUAACCGGUCUGGAGGAUUGAUUGAAGUGGAAAUCAUUCUUUAUUGUAGUUGAAUUGAAGGAAGGAAAACCUUACAACAAGCUCAAGUGAUGAGCUUUUAUAGCCUGAUUUCUUGGGAGAGAAGAGAGAAACGAGUGGAAAAAUUAGUCUUAUUUUCUGCAAUGUUUCUCGGGAUCAAGUUCUAAAUAUUUUGGUUACAUUGGUUUGCUUUCAAGCAAUUACCGGUUUGGUUUGGGUUUAGGUAAACCCAUGGGUACCCGCUCACACCCAUAUAAUUAAUUUAUUCGUGUUAUUGAAUAUUCUUAGCAAUAUAUCUUCAUUAAACAACUAAUCUUAUUUAUAUUUAUGGAGACAUGUCUAAUUUGUUCUUUCUAAUUAUGCACAAUGAAAUUGAUAUUAUGGUCAUUGUAAAAAAAAAGUUGAUAUUAUGGAGUGGAGACUGAAGACACUUAGUUGACGAGAAAGAAGCAUUCAAUUAAUCAUGUUGUUUAUAGAUGUUUAUCUUAAAUUUUUGUAUAGAUAAUUUACGGUUUGCUUGUAUGCUCUAGAAUGGUGUUUUUGUAUAGAUAAUUUUUAUGAGAAAAGUGACGUUAGACUUUUAUUUUGAAAGAAACUUGGUAUUGUAAAUUUUUUACCACAAAAAUCCACGGGUACCCAGCGGGUUGGAUUGGGUUUGAGUUUUUCAAACCCAGCGGGUUUUACCCCGGGUUUUUUGGCAGAUAAACCCAUGGGUUUGGGUUUAGCAAAACGCCCAAACCCGACCCAUUGCCAUCCCUACUCCUAUUUAAUCUAUUCCCACCAAUUCCACUCACUAUCACCUAGGGCUGGGAAUUCGGUCUCGGUUUUCCGGUCAAACCAGAAACCGGGCAGUUAAAACCGUUCCGGUUGCAACCGGAAAUCGGAUACCCAUUAACCCAAUCCAAUUUACAGUUAUGGUGAAGGUAUAAAAAACUGGGCCGGUCCAGUCGGGUUAAAACAGGAAAAACCGGAUAGUAAAUUAUAAAGCCCAACCCAACCCAGCCUAACUAUUAAAGCCCACUACCCCAACUCCACAAGCCUGCCAGCGACCCAGCCCAAUCCAGCCAAUCUCACCCAGCCCGCUCCCUAACCCUAAUACCAGACUCUCUGUUCUCUUCCCACUCUCCCAGGAGCCGUCGAGCUCAAUCAUACAACAUAUUUCGAUUCCCAAAAACUCUUAUCAACGAAAAAAAGACAGACACCCACCCUCAACUCGCAACUCACUCACCUCAUCGAGCUCUUCCCAUUCUCGAUUUCUCUAUCCUCCUUCACCCAAGUCUGUGGAGAGAAGAGGCAGAGCAGCAGCAAUGGCGAAGAGGCGAGGCGAGGCUCUAGUGGCGGGACAACCAUGUCGGUCAGAGGUGGAAUCCGCGGAGAGUUGAGACUAAGCAGCAACACCGGCGAGGCGACGUUCUAGUGGAGUGGCAAUCGGCGAUUGCAUGUCGAAUCUGAGAUGAAAAGAAGACUAGCAGCAACAGAGUUUUGGACCAGGGGAUGGAGGUCGACGCAGCGAUCGGGGAGGGAGGUCGUGGUGGCGGCCGGGAAGGGAGGAGGAUGGGAGAAAGGUCGAGAAAGGCCAAGGAGAGUGGUUUGGAUUUCUUGGUACCAGAAGAGAGGCAUUGAGAUGAAAUUGAAUGGAAUGAGAGAUGGAAAAGAUGAGACUAUGAGAGAGACGAUAACAGUGGGAAUGGG